AUAAAUAUCAAAUAAAAAUUAUUUAAAUAUUAAAAAUCGAUAUUUCUCAUUUUUUAUUUAUUUAAUGGUAUAAAUUAUGGGUGCUCUAACAAGCAGACAACAUGCUGGUGUAGAGGAGGCCGAUGUGAUAUCAAAUCAUGCAUAUAAAUAUCCUCCCAGAUCUGGCAACUACUUUGGAAGUCACUUCAUUAUGGGCGGAGAGAGGUUUGAUACUCCACAACCGGAAGCAUAUUUAUUUGGAGAAAAUGCUGAUCUUAAUUUUCUUGGGAGCAGACCUACCCCUUUUCCCUAUCCGCCGCCGCAGUCAAAUGAGCCUACGAAGACUUUAAAGAGUUUAGUCAAUAUACGCAAAGAAUCUCUCAGAUUUGUUCGCUGUCCAGAACCUGUGGGCAAGUUGAAUGACAGUAAAAUUGGAGAUGGUGUAGUAAAGUCAGCAGAGUCUAAUGGAAAAGGGACUUACUACAAUAUUGAAUUCACUUUCGACUGUGAUGUCAGAUGUGCCAUAACUAUUUAUUACUUUUGUACAGAAGAAGUCACACCAACAGGUGUUGUGUAUUACCCACGAGAUUCAGCAAUGACAUCACAGACAUAUCACUAUAAGAAGGGAGCAAACCAACAGUUUUGUCAAAUAUCACAUGUGUUUGAUCCCUCCAAGUAUCCUGAGGAAGAUCUCUUGUAUAGCAUGGACCGCGAGAUUAUUCCAGUGGCCAUAUACUGUGUUGUAGACGAGGGCCAAGAAGAAAUAAGGCAAUCACACACAACUGUAGCUGUGAUAGAGAAGCAUACGGAUGGCACAUAUGUACUGAAAGCUCUGAAACAGAAACUCUUUGUAGAUGGUCUCUGCUAUCUUUUACAAGAAAUAUACGGCAUUGAAAACAAGAACUUGGACACAAAGCCACACUCAGACUCGGAGACGGAGGAGGGCGGGUCGGAGUGCGUGAUCUGCAUGUGCGACGUUCGCGACACGCUCAUCCUGCCGUGCCGCCAUCUCUGCCUGUGCAACUCGUGCGCCGACUCGCUGCGUUACCAGGCGAACAACUGCCCCAUCUGCCGCGCGCCGUUCCGCGCGUUGCUGCAGAUCCGUGCGCUGCAGCGUCGCGCGCCGCACGCGCCGCACGCACCCCACCCCGCACACAACGCCGCGCCCGCUGAUGGCAGCAUGGAGAACAUCCCGGCGGGGUACGAGUGCGUGUCGCUGAUCGAGGCGCUGAACGGCCCCGCCCCGCGCCGCCCCCCCGCACCCGCCAUGGCCAGCCCCGACACUGACACUGCCUCGCAGCAGGCAGCCGAGGCGUUGAACCGCGGUCUGGAACGCAGCUCGUCCACCAGCAGCGGCGGCAGCAAGCGACAGCAUGACAAGCGUACGCGUCCGCUUACGCCGGAGUUCCGUAUGUCUGUCCUGCUGGCGCGGGAGGAGGCGCAGCGCUCGGAGCGUGCCGCCAGCCCGCUGCUGCACGAGCGCGCCAGCCUCAACACACUGCGCGUCUCCAAGAGUUCGCUGAACUCGGAGGCGGCGUCGCAGUCUGAGGACGAGACGGUGCAGGCGGACGUGGGCGAGUGCGGCGAGGGCGGGGAGGGGAGCGGCGAGGACACGCCCCCCGCCGCCCCCGAGCCCGACAGCGACGCCGAGCGUCGCAGCCCGCUGCUCGCGCAGAACGGGGUGGCGCGUAAAGGCAGCGCGGAGGGCGCGCGCUCGCUUCCGCAUAUCGACGACGUGGACGCGCAUGUGCAAUCGGACGCUGGCGGCGCGGACGCCGGCUCGCCGCCGCUGGAGGACGCGGACUAUUUGACGCCGGAGGAGUCAGCCGCGGUGACGCCCGCGCCCUCCCAGCCCCUGCAGCUCGUGAGACGCGCGUUCGCUCACAAGUGCACAGUGCAUGCCGCCCCCGGGGAGCCGGCGGGCGGGGCGGAGGCCGCGCCGCAGCGCUGGGCCCUGCCGCACCACGUCACCUCCCUACCUGGCACGCCGCUGUCGCAGGCGAGCGUGCGGUCGAGCGGCGACUCGUACGGCUCGACGUCCUCCACGCGCCAGCUGCUGGCCGCCGGCGCGCCGCUCACCGCGCACGCACCUUGUUAGCGUCGCAACGUGAAUGCCAGCGUGGUAGCUCCGCGCCCUGAUAGUUUCGUCCCACAACUCCCGCGCCGGCGUCGUGCUAGCUUGCAACCUUACGUAGUAGCCCCGCCCCUAUUUAGUUUCGUCCCACGACUCCCGCGUGCGCGUCGUGCUAGCUUGUAACCCAACGUGGUAGCUCCGCCCCUCGAUAGUUUCGUUCCACAACUCCCGCGCCGGCGUCGUGCUAGCUUGUAACCUUACGUGGUAGCCCGCCCCUAGUUAGUUUCGUCCCACGACUCCCGCGUGCGCGUCGUGCUAGCUUGUAACCCUACGUGGUGGAUCUUCCCCUCGAUAGUUUCGUCCCACAACUCCCGCGCCGGCGUCGUGCUAGCUUGUAACCUUACGUGGUAGCCCCGCCCCUAGUUAGUUUCGUCCCACGACUCCCGCGUGCGCGUCGUGCUAGCUUGUAACCCUACGUGGUGGAUCUUCCCCUCGAUAGUUUCGUCCCACAACUCCCGCGCCGGCGUCGUGCUAGCUUGUAACCUUACGUGGUAGCCCCGCCCCUAGUUAGUUUCGUCCCACGACUCCCGCGUGCGCGUCGUGCUAGCUUGUAACCCUACGUGGUAUCUCCGCCCCUCGAUAGUUUCGUCCCACAACUCCCGCGCCGGCGUCGUCUUGUUACCCUACGUGGUAGCUCCGCCCCUGGAUAGUUUCGUCCCACAACUCCCGCGACGGCGUCAUGCUAGCUUGUAACCCUACGUGGUAGCUCCGACCCUCGAUAUUUUCGUCCCACAACUCCCGCGCCGGCAUCGUGCUAGCUAGUAACUUUUUUUUUUUAUGAAAUAAGGGGGCAAACGAG